CCGCCCGAGGAGCCCGAUGAUUUCCUGCCCUCACCGGCCGAACCACAGCUUCCUGCCACAGGCCGACAGCGCCGAGACACAGCAGGGCCGGGGCGCAGGAGCACUGGAGGGGCGCUGGAGCCCCGGUUCCAGCCCAGCCCUGCCCGCAAGCACCCUGCGAGCCGGCACAGACCCCUCCGGCCGGGCGAGGAGAGGGGAGCCCUAGGGAGGGCUCCCCCGCCCCCAGGCCCCAGCACCCCUGCAGCAGCUCCACGCCCGAGGGGUGCAGCGGGCAGGGCAGCCGGCCUGGGCCGGGACCCCGCAGAUGGACGCGGCCGUGUUGGGGCCCUACGCGCUGGGCCUCGCGUUGCUGCCGCUGCUGCUGCUGCUGCUGCUGGCCCUGUGCCUGCGCUGCCGUGACACGAGCUCCUACGACGGCAAUGCGUCCAUGAACAGCGUGAACCACAGCAGCCUGGUGCUAAAGCCGCCCCCCACCUUCGUCCCCUGCCUGUCGGUCGCUCCCCACCCGCCUGUGACCGUCCUGAGCCACCUGGACCUGAGAUCCCCUCAGCCCCUUGGGGGCUCCCGCUGUGCACCGUCUUCCAGGCAGGACUCCGACGGGGCUGACAGUGUGGCUAGCUAUGAGAACCAGGGACCCCACUUGGUGCCCAAGGACGAAGAUGAGGAGGACCACAAUGGGGGCUAUUUAGUGGUGCUUCCUGAUGAUGUUCCUGCCGCCGGCACUGCCGUCCAGCCUGCACCCGGCAAGGCCAGCAAGCCCGGCUUCCGCGACAGCGCCGUCUCGGUGGAGUCCGGGGAGGAUUACGUGAACAUCCAGGAGAGCGAGGAGAGCGCGGACGCAUCCCUGGACGGGAGCCGGGAGUACGUGAACGUGUCACAGGAGCUGCCGCUGGCCGUGAGCACUGAGCCUGCCACCCCCAGUUCCCACGAGGCAGAGGAAAUGGAGGAGGACGAGGAGGAGGAAGAGGAGGAGGAGGAGCAGCAGCAGAAGCAGGAGGACGGCCCUGAGGAUGACGACUACGAGAAUCUGUAGGAGCUCAGCUGACGCUGGGGCGAGGCCGACCCCCUGCUGCCCCCAGCUCUGCCCCUGGUGACUCUGAAGCCUCCCUCGGGACCCUUCCCCGCCACCCGGGCCCUCUGAUUGAGGGGAUCCCGUCUUCUCCAACUCUGGGCCCCCUGGCCUCCCUGCCUGCUGUGUCAGGUGGGGCUGUGCCAGCCAGGUGGUCAGAGCAGCCUUAGAAUUUCCCCCUAACUUAUUGCCACUUUGGGGGUUCCCCCUGUGUGCCCUCAACACUGCACCUUCUGGACACAGCCUGAGAAUGAACAGCCCAGGUCCAGUCUCCCUCUGGGGCCCAAUAAAGGCUGGUGUGGUCUGUAUGUGCGCUGGCUUGGGGACCCAGGGGUGGCGUUAGGGGGAGAGUGAGCUGUGCUAGGAGGGGUGUGUGUGUGUGUGUGUGUGUGUGAAAAUGAGUGUGUGUCUGUGUAUGUCUGUGUGUAUGUGAUUGAAUCUGUCUGUAUGUGAAUGACUCUGUGUGUGUGUGUGUGAGUGUCUGUGAAUAAGUGUGUGUCUCUGUGUCUGUGUGUGUGCUUGUGCAUAUGUAUAUGUCUGUGUCUUUGAGUCUCUGUCCCCUGCAGGGAUCUGGUGCUCCUGAGGGACUGUGUGUGUGUGUGUGUGUGUGUGAUCUGGUGCUCCUGAGGGACUCUGUGUGUGUGUGUGUGUGUGUGUGUGUGUGGUGGCCUUCUAGGAGGGGGCCAGGCUGGCCCUUCUGAGGACUCAGUCCCUCUCACUGAAAGGAAGGGACAUAGGGUGGGAGUUGCUGGUCCCGUUUCUUCAUCUUUGUUUUUUGUUUCCUGGGUUUGGGCCACACCUGCCCUGUGCUCGGGGACCGUUUGUGCCCAGAGAUGAAGCCUGUGCCCCGCACCGAGCCACCUUCUCCUGGACUCUAGCAAGGGGUCGAGCCAAGGGCCUCCCUGAAGGCAUCUCGAUGGAUCCUCUAGCUGCUGCCUAAGCACUGAGCAGCCUGGGCACCGAGCACUGCCUGGAAACCCUUUUGCAUCUGGGGUUCGGGUGGUACCUUGCUCCUUGUGGCCAGUGACACUGGCCUGGGUCUGGACAGUAAGUUUCAGGAAUGGGAAACUUCACUCCCUGGGGGCCCCUUGCCCUCCAUCUUGUAGCCCCAGAGCCCCACUUGAGCCUGCCCCAGAACAGCCACCCCGUCGAGGACAGUUGCCCAGAGGUGGACAGGACCGGUCCCUCUCAUGUCAGCAUCCCGGGGUCCCCUGACGCAGGGCCCCC